CGCUCAUGCAGCCAGCCAAUUUCACGCAUGCAACGCAACCAUGUACCCGCCCGACACAGACAGACAGACAGACGCCCCAGCCAGCAUUUGCACAUUCACCGACCAAAUCAAGAAAGAGAGGACGAUCGACCGAGUGAAUCGUCUGUUCACCGCCUAGAAUCUGAGAAGGUUUCGUCCUGAGCCAUUCUCAACCUCGUCCGCAGGCUCCUCGAAGGCGGCCCCAAACACAUGACGCAGCUCGGUGCUGUUCAGCUCAUCGAACUGGGCCACGGGUACGUUUUCGACGGUAGUUUCAUUGCCGCGACGGACAAUAGGAAAAGGCCCGUCUUUCUCCGACACGCCAAUGGGCCUCCCACCGGGGCAACUGAGGGUGAUUGUUGUCAGAGAAUUACCACUUUCAUGUCUGAUAAACUCGUUGAAUCUCUGAAACAAACGGACACACUCGCAUAAGCGCAACGACAUCUCGAGAUGUGCCUCUACACUUACACCUCCGAGACAAUCACUGGUGGCGUCACCAGUCCAGCGGAUUGGGCGUGGGAAGACACUUCCAGAGGGUGGGCGGCGUUGGCCGUUAGCCGCCCACAAGUGGAAGUCGCCAGUGUGGUCGACAGGACUGCGAGACACACAUAACACGACUGUACCACGGUCGUGCAUUUGGGAUGCUGUGCAGGUGGGAUACUGAGCAUUCGGUAUCUCACCUGAGAAGUUUGCAGCCCCUUUUCGGAAGGCGGAAAAAGCCACAGGUGGGAGAGGUGGGAUUCUUCGGAAAGACUCUGAGAAGAAAAAAGGGCCCUUCAUCGAAAGUUGCACUCCUAGGACCGGGGCACUCGUUGCACACUUGAAAAGAAUGGGCUGAGGUCCCGGGCAGAAAAAUCGACGCGCUCAGCAGAGCCAGGGCGAUCGCAGCGAGAGAGUGGGCCAUCCUGAGAGAAGGCUGGGAAGGCUGACGGCCGCGUGGACAGCGUGUGUGAAGGACUGGGGGUCCCUCUGCUUCUCGCCCUGCUCCCUUUCCCAGACCGCUGCCGUUAACGUCUUCGGUUAGC